UCCAUUUUUACCUUUCUGAAGGCUAAAGCCAGUUCCCUGUGACAGAAUACAGUGUCAUUUAGCAUUCACAAUUCUCAAGAUACACAAUCUAUAAGUGAGCUCUGAAUUUCUGUGCAAAUGAACAUGGUUAGGCAUCAGGUUUUGCUCUUAGGGAGCCUCUUUCUCCAUGGAUUUCUUCUCUCAGAGGCUGAAAAAAUACUGACUAUCUCCACAGUGGGUGGAAGCCAUAAUCUUAAGAUGAAUGUGAUAUCACAAAUUCUUCAUGAUCAUGGUCACCAAGUAACAAGUCUUCUUCCAGAAGCGAAACUUCUUCCAGAAGAGGAAAAAUCAUACCAGGUUAUCCAGUGGAACCUACCUGAAGAUCAUGAAAAGGAAUUAUCAAGGAAUUUUCAAGUCUAUAUUCAGGAAGCCUUAAAUGGCAGGGAGAAAUUCUACAGCUUCUUAAAGCUAUUUGAACAUUUUGGGACUGUAUGCAGCUAUUUAUUAGGAAGACGGGACAUCAUAGAUUCCUUAAGGAGUGAAGACUUUGACCUGUUACUUUUGGAUUCAACAGAUCUCUGUACUUUCCUGAUUGCUGAAAAGCUCGGGAAGCCAUUUGUGUCUUUUCUUCCCAUGGUAUUUAGCCUCAUGGACUUUGGGCUACCAACCCCCUUGUCUUAUGUUCCAAUAUACCAUUCUGGCCUAACGGACCAAAUGGACUUCUGGGGCCGAGUGAAGAACUUUCUGAUGUUCUUUGAUUUCUCCAUGAAGCAAAGGAAAAUAUAUUCUCAGUAUGACAACACCAUCCAGGAGCAUUUUGCAGAAGGUUCUCGGCCAGGUUUGUCUGAUCUUCUACAGAAAGCAGAGCUGUGGUUUGUUAACUCUGACUUUGCCUUGGAUUUUGCUCGUCCUUUGCUUCCCAAUACUAUUUAUGUUGGAGGCUUACUGGCUCAAUCCAUUAAACCCAUCCCACAGGACUUGGAGAACUUCAUUGCUAAGUUUGGGGACUCUGGGUUUGUCCUUGUGGCCCAGGGCUCUGCUAUAAGCUAUUUUCAGACAAAGGAAAUCAUUAAAGAGAUGAACAAUGCCUUUGCCCACCUCCCUCAAGGGGUGAUAUGGAAGUUUGAAGCUUCUCAUUGGCCCAACGAUAUCAAAUUGGCUGCAAAUGUGAAAAUUAUGGACUGGCUUCCUCAGAAUGACCUCCUGGCCCACCCAAACAUUCGCCUUUUUGUUACCCAUGGAGGAAUAGGUAGUGUGGCAGAGGCCAUCCAGCAUGGUGUUCCCAUAGUAGGAAUUGCGGUCAAUGCAGAUCAACUUGAUAACAUGGUCCGAGUAGAAGCAAAAAAAUUUGGAAUCUCUAUCCAGGCUCAGAAUGUCAAGGAGGAGACAUUGGCCCUGAAGAUGAAACAAGUCAUAGAAGACAAGAGGUACAAGGCUGCAGCAAUGGCUGCCAGAGUCAUCAGACUCUCCCACCCCCUGACCCCUGCCCAGAGGUUGGUGGGCUGGAUCGACCACAUCCUACAGACAGGUGGUGCAGCACACCUCAAACCUUACGCUUUUCAGCAGCCAUGGCAUGAACAGUAUCUACUUGAUGUCAUUCUGUUCCUGCUAGGGCUCACUCUGGGCACCUUGUGGCUUUGUGGGAAAGUUCUUGGCACUGUGACUAGGUGGCUGAGAGGGGCCAAGAAGGUGAAAAAGUCCUGACACCAAAUGUUGCCUGGGGUAGUGCCGCUCGAGGCAAGGUUUCUCUGAAUUUUCAAAGGUUUUCCUACUCUAGCACAGACCUCCUCGUCUGACAGCCCUGCACUUUACUCCCAAGUUUUUCUGCCCAUUUAUAGAAAUCCCACUGUCACACUUGCACUUCUUGGUUUGUCCCUUGUGACUCAGACCUCCCUACUCAGAAAUGAUUCUGCCUGGCAACCCCUGAGUUAUAGAUCCUCACCCUAGAUACAGUCCCUACACUGUCACCCUCUCUGCAGAGGACUUUCCUCUCUUAAUUAUCCUAUCGAUUUGUGAAAACUGCACAUUUUUGGAAGAUUUCACUGAACUCUGCUACAUCUUUCUCUCUUAUGAAUUCUUUUCAUAGCUUAGAAAGCUUUUGUUCCUACUCCUUUCCCCUUAAGGAUGGACUACAUUCUCUCUUGAAAAAAGAAGGGACAAUUACCUUGGCAACUAUAAAAGAAGAAAUAGGGGGGAAAUUCUUUGUGUACAACAAUCAGAAGAAAUUUAAAAAAUUAUUUCCAAUUAUGGGAGAAAAGUUUUUCUAUAUGUAUCUGACUUGAAAGAUUAAUUUCUCUUUUAUUUAAAGGAAAUCAAAUAAGGAAAGUAACCACACAACAUCUACAUACUGGAGCAGCAUAUAGCUGAAAUGGAAGUUCAAAAAUAUUAAAUAAAAUUUCAAACUUAAAGAAUAAGUAUGGC